AUGAAUUAUAAACCGAACCUGAAGAUGGAUAGUACUUCUGGCUCGUUUAAAAAGCAGGAGUAGACCUUGUCUCUCGAAAGUACUCAAAAAUCAGAAUAUAAUGGGAUCAGUAUAAAACCAAAUUUUGCUUGCAAACCAACUUUCAACAUUCGCAACCGUUCUCCUCAACCUUAAGAAUAGGAACCAUAGUUAACAAAUACAAAAGAUGAUUUCUUUAAAACAGGAACAUUCUAAGAAAAAAUCCCGCUUAAAGAUAGGAUCUAACGAUCAGACGAAAAGAAAAACACUGCUCCAGUUUCCAAAGGACUUUAUCUACCUGGUUAAGAGGAGUUGUUUAGGAAAUAAAUACAGGUAGAGAAGAAAGAGACUCAAUAACCUCAGGAGAAAAAGGAUGUUUAAUCUGUAAAGACGAUUUAAGGAGAAUAUUACAUGCCAUCUAUUGGAUAGCAAUAGAACAAAAGAGAGGCUGCCUUAUUGGGAUCAAAAAAUCCAUUAGAAAACAAAUUAGCAGUCGCAAACCAAGAGAGAGUAUUAUAAUAGCUUGAGGAAGCUGAACCUAUUGAAGAACUAGAAUUACUCCUAUGUCCUGAAGGGUGCGGAAGAUAAUUUAAAUCAGAUGCCUUGGAAAAACACGUAAAGGUCUGUAGACAAGUGUUCCAAUAGAAAAGACAAGAAUUCAAUUCAAAGUAGGCAAGAGUUGUUACUAAUGAUCAAUAAAAACUAUAACGAUAAGGACAGAUUAAGGAAAAAUAAUUAUAAAAGAAAUAAGGAAAGGCUCCUUUGGAUCCAAAUUGGAAAAAACAAUCAGAAGAAUUACGUAAUUUAAUAAAAGAAUCAAAGCAAUAACAAUGA